UGUUACGCAAUAUGCGAUAACUGUACACGGCGAGUGCAGUUUACCAUUGAAAUGCCAUUGAAGGUAAUGAGCUCGAGAUUGUCUCGGAUUUUUUCUUUGUGUAAGGUUGAAAUAUCAAAAUUGACUUGUAAGUCAAAAUAAUAUUCACUUGUUAUUGUUAUUAUUUUUGAAUUCAUGUCAUAAUGUCGUCCCUCAAAAUCCUCCGUGUUCACAAAAUUCCUUUUAAAAUAAUCGCUUCGAUAUCGCAACAAAAUGGCCCAACCAAACCAAAAUCGUGCUCUCUAUCGACGUGCCCCCACAAGAAAAAUCACCCCCCGCUCACAAAACCCGCAUUAACCCCAACAACCCCAAAACCAUGUUGUAUGUGUUCGUGCAAAAAAGAAAACCCAUGCGAAAAACCCACGUUACCACCCCAAAAAACUUACAAAAUCGUUAUGAUUCGCCACGGGGAAUCAGAAUGGAACAAAAAGAACCUAUUUACAGGUUGGUACGAUACCCAUUUAUCUGAGAAAGGGCAUAAGGAAGCGCAAAGGGGCGGUGAGGCGCUAAAAAAGGCGGGUUAUUGUUUUGACGUGGCGUUUACGUCGGUUUUGACUCGAGCCAAUAUGACCUUAAAUUAUGUUUUGAAAGCCGUAAAUCAAACCGAUAUGCCCAUUAUUAAAACGUGGCGGCUUAACGAGCGCCAUUACGGCGCGUUAACAGGCUUGAAUAAAGCUGAAACAGCCGCGAAAUACGGCGAAGAUAAAGUUACGAUUUGGAGGAGAAGUUACGAUAUUCCUCCACCUCCAAUGGAAAAAAGUCACCAACAUUACAAAGACAUCGUUUUUGAUUCAAGGUACGCCAAUGAUCCCCCGCGAGAUCAAUUCCCGAUGUUUGAAUCAUUAAAAAUGACGUUGGAGAGAACUUUGCCGUUUUGGGAGGAACACAUCGUUCCGGAAAUUCAAACUGGAUAUCGCGUGAUUAUCGCGGCUCACGGAAACAGUUUGAGAGGGUUGGUUAAAAUCAUUGAAAGGCUGACUGACGAUCAGAUUUUGAAGGUGAAUUUGCCGACGGGAAUUCCGUUUUAUUAUCUGCUGGGGGAGGAUAUGAAAGCGCUGCCUGGAACGACGAUGCAAUUUUUAGGGGACCCGGAAACUGUUAGGAAAGCCAUGGAGGCGGUUGCUAAACAAGGGAAAAAGCAAUGAAGAAAAGAAGUUUUUUAAAGGAAUAAUUGUUAUAGUAUUAAUAAUAAAGUAAAAGUUAGUUUCUUUUUAAAACUAA